AUGCUCAAAUAUCUUCUUCUAGCCUAUGUGCUCAUCGGAUUCGUCGUUUCGCGUUCACUCAACUUUAACGCGACGACGAAUAAUCUGCACUUAAAUAUAUCCGCAUUUCAAUCAUGCAGCGCAGAAAAUUCACAACAGUUUUCUGACUGUUAUUCGGACUGGGGACUAGUGAUGAAGACUAUUCUUAUAUCCGUUCUACAAGAAUCAACUAUCACACCAAAAAUUGUGCUUCAAAUGAAGCAGCAGUGUGCAUUUUCUGAAAUAUGCUUCAAAAAUGCUGGAUGCGAGGUUCCAUUCUUAAUCGAUCAACUUUGCGCCGGCGUCGAUAUUCUCUCAAAACCAGGAUUCAUGUGUGUUUUGAAGAUUCAUAGCACUGCAAGAAACGAAGUUGCAUGCGGUGGCGUGUUGAGGCUUUCAUUCCUUCAGAUCGGCAGUGGCAAAUAUGAUGAUUUGAUUAAAGAGAAUAAGGAUUGUAUGGCGAACUACUACAAACAGAAAUGCGGAGAUGCUAUAAAAGAGACAUUCUCAAAUCAGAAGGAACGUGAAACUACAAACACAGAAGAUGAAAACGCAUCAAAUGCUAUCUAA